CGUGUCUGUAUCACGUGAAAAUUUGAGCCGCGCCCCUUAACGAAGUUGACUUGAAGUUCUAAAGCUGUGACUAUAGACCCUGAUUUGAACUAGCUUCAGAAGAAGGAGGAGCGGGAGCGAAGAACUAUUAUAGACGCCAUUUAAAACAUGGCUGAUAUUGAAAAUGGAGGAGGAGAGAAACCUGAGAAGGAGUCCAUCAUUAUUAAUUCAUUCACCAAGUCAUUUAAGAAGAUACUCGAGAGAGACUUUGAUGAAGAAUUUACCAAGGAUUCUGUUGAUAAAUUGAAAAAGACAAAAAAGAAAAAGAAGAAGGAUGCUAAUAAGAAAGAAACCACUCCAGCUACUCCUAAAAAGCAAAAAGAGAAGAAAACUGUAAUCCGCGAAGGAGACAACUCUCUAGUCACGUUUCCAGCUCCAUCAUCAUUCUCUGUCUAUUCUCAGAUUCGUCACUUUGUCCUACAGCAGGACCUAUGUGACAUGUAUAAUGGCCGAUAUGCCGAAGAUGAUGGAAGUGACGAGGAAGAGGAAGAGGAAGAGGAGGAGGCUGAAGAAGGAAAGAAGAAAGCAUUACCGGAAGUUGUUAACAUUGGUCUGGUGGGUGUGUUUAGCAUAUUAGAAGAAAUAUGGCAGUCUAAUCCUGAGCUGUGCCACCGGGUCCUCACUGAGUUUCUUAAUAUAAUGCAGGGACAGUCCCCUGGGGGACUGAAGAAUGAACCAACUGAAACUACAAGUAAUGAAAAGAGGGAGAGAGAGAGAGAGGGGGGAGAGU